AUGUGGUGGCAGAAGAAGCCCCCCGCCGACGGCAUAACGAGCUGCAACGCACCGUCAUUACUGCACUCCGUUGCAACUUUAAGUGCAACAGCAGGGGCAGCACCAAAAACAGCAACUGCUGCUAUCAAAAAGGGAGCUCUGGCGGCUCCUGCCCUCCCUGCGGCGACCCUCGCCAAUGACGUCUAUCAGUGCGCCGCCAGCAGGCCGGCCAACAAGGCAAGCACUUGCAGCAACCAGCCCCCUAAGCCGAGGCCGGAAUCGAAGCCGGAAUCAUCAUAUCCGGAAUGGGAAUGCAGGCAGGGGAUGAAGCAGCACGAGCUGCCCAAGCCGGAGGUGCCUAAGCGCCAGGCUGUGACACUGACAACCAGUGAAAUGGAAGCGGUCAAGCUGAGAUGGGGAGAGUAUUAG